GGGCAUUAAAUUGAGACCAAAGCGUUUGACCUAGAAUUAUUAUAUACUUACUAACAUAUAUUCAAACAAAGUUAAUAAUGAGGUCACAUACAAAUUUACUAUAAUAGGUUUUAAGCCUAUUUCAAUUGACACAAAAUAUAUUUUGACAUUGUCAUUUUGCAAUACAAGAGUUGAAGCAAUAUUUAUUUAUAUUUAUUAUUUGUAUAUUAUUGAUGCACGGUCUAAAAAUUGAAUUUAUUUUAAAUCAACGAAUUUUUAAAUAACAAAUGUGAAUUAUUUGUUGGAAAUCAUGUUAAAUAAUAUUUGAUGUCCUAAUGAAUGUUACAAAAUUAAAUAUUACAAAACGAAUUGAAGAUAUUGAAAGAGGCAAUGAUGCAGCAGAUAAAGGCGACGCAGAAGACAAUAUAUCUAAAAUUGACAUUGAAAGUAUUGAAUCAGAUGCUUUUAAAACAUUCAAGGACGAAGGUGAAGGUAGCAAUCAGACAGCCAUUGAAUUGGUUGAUAUUAAUGAAGCAAGAAAUAAUAAGCAUUGCAAAGGAAACGUUACUGGAGAAAGACCAGCCAAUAUUAAUGUUAUUUGGGUACAAUAUCAAGUUGGAGGAGGUAGACAAAUACCAGAGGGCGGUGGGGCACCUUUAAACUACGACCCUCGCACAAGAAACCAAUUCGUGAAGGUGGUUUUCAUCUUAGUGUUUCUCAUGUUGUGUUGCACCGCUGCCUUCACUAUGAUAGUCUUUAAUUCACCUCAACUGAAAGAAACAUUUUUAGAAAAAGGGUUCUUAUUUGCGAUAUGUGCUAUGGUACUAUUGGUUGGCUUGAAUUAUUCAAUGGUAUGCUCUCCGUGUACGCGGCAAAUGCCAUGCAACUUAAUAUGCCUGUUAUUAGCGGUUGUCGGCAUGAGCCUAAUAUGCGCGUUCAUAACUGUUCGCUACGACACACGCAUUGUGUUCUAUGCAGUGGUGGCCACUGGCGUUGUUGUCUUCGUCUGUAUACUGCUCGCCUGUUCUAAGUUUGACUUCACUCAGUGGAUGUUGUACGUGAUCGUGAUAUCGGUGGCCUUUUGCGUGAUAGCAACGAUAGCGUCUCUCUCUAUGGCCCUCACCGGCACGUACCUGAGCCUUGCCCAUCUCAUCAUACUGUUGAUCGGAACGAUUAUUAAUGUUGUGUUUAUUAUAAUCGAGUUGCAGACGAUCCUGGGUGGCAGGGCAAUUGAGUUGAGUGAAGACGACUAUGCCCUUGGCGCAUAUCUCCUGUACACCUCUAUAAUGGAUGUGUUCCUCAAAAUGGUUCAGAUUAUGGGCAUUAUAGACGAUUAGGGACGUUUGACGUGACAUGUAUUAUAUGCGUAUUUUUUAUUAUAUUGUAUUUAUCUA